GCCCCGGCCAGGCUGUGGCUGAGCUUGCAGGCAGUGGAGCCCCAGGCAGCGAGCCGCCUCCUGUCGAGCCCCCAGCCAGCAUGGCCAGCGAGUUCAAGAAGAAGAUCUUCUGGAGGGCGGUGGUGGCCGAGUUCCUGGCCAUGACCCUCUUCGUCUUCAUCAGCAUCGGUUCUGCCCUGGGCUUCCAGUACCCGGUGGGCAGCAACCAGACGGCCGUGCAGGACAACGUGAAGGUGUCGCUGGCCUUCGGCCUGAGCAUUGCCACGCUGGCCCAGAGCGUGGGCCACAUCAGCGGCGCCCACCUCAACCCGGCCGUCACGCUGGGCCUGCUGCUCAGCUGCCAGAUCAGCAUCCUGCGAGCCGUCCUGUACAUCAUCGCCCAGUGCGUGGGGGCCAUCGUCGCCACCGCCAUCCUCUCGGGCGUCACCUCGUCCCUGCCCAUGAACUCGCUCGGCCGCAACGACCUGGCCCCUGGCGUGAACUCAGGCCAGGGCCUGGGCAUCGAGAUCAUCGGCACCCUGCAGCUGGUGCUGUGUGUGCUGGCCACCACCGACCGCAGGCGCCGCGACCUGGGCGGCUCAGCUCCCCUUGCCAUCGGCUUUUCUGUGGCCCUGGGACACCUGUUGGCGAUCGACUACACUGGCUGUGGCAUUAACCCUGCUCGGUCCUUCGGCUCGGCGGUGCUCACCCACAACUUCAACAACCACUGGAUCUUCUGGGUGGGGCCAUUCAUCGGGGGCGCCCUGGCCGUGCUCAUCUACGACUUUAUCCUGGCGCCGCGCAGCAGCGACCUCACGGAUCGCAUGAAGGUGUGGACCAGCGGCCAGGUGGAGGAGUAUGACCUGGACGGCGAUGACAUCAACUCCAGGGUGGAGAUGAAACCCAAAUAGAGGGGCCAGGCCCAGGCACCGACCUGGGGGGUGCGGGUUUGGGGGGGUGGAGGGCGGGUGGGCUGAAAUCCGUAUUACAGACACUCUGACAAGCUGGCCAAAGGCACUCCCCUGAGUGGACCUGCCGUCGGGGUCAGGCCUCAUUUAGGGGUGUCCAUAUAACUUUCUUUCUCUGUCUCUGUUUCUUGGCCUCGGAGCUUCUUGGUGACCAAGGUUUACCAGUUGCCCCACUCCCCUGAUGUCAUGGAGGAGGUGAAAGAGAGGCCCUCAGAGUGUAGCCUUUUCUGGCCUGGAGGGGUGCCAGGCAGUCCCCCUCAUCCGGAGUUGCUCACCUGCUCACCUGCCACAGGUGCCUGGGGUUCUAUUGUCAAAGCUAUGUGCCUUUGGGAGUGGCCCCCCUUUCCUAACAUGCACCUUGCCCCCAGGAGUGCUGGGAAGGAGAUCCCAGCAGGUGCAGUGGCGGGGGGUGUGCAGACAAGCCCUGCCCCUGCCAUUUGCCUUGGUCACAGGACCCUCCCACUGUGCUUUUGCUGCAUGAACUUGGAGCUGGCCCCAUCUGUACAGUAGCAGGGACAGGGCGAGCCAUGUGGGUCUGAGUUCCUCUCUAGGAUUCUGCAAGUGUAGACACGUCAUGGGUUCCAGGAGGUGUAGUGUAGACCCCUGUGCACAAGCAGAUGGGUUUCAGAGCAGAGGUCCACCCACCGCACAGGUUUCUGGAUCUGCUGCUCCCCAGGGAGUGGCUUCCCAAGUCGCGGUUGGCUGUUGCAGACUGAAGGUCAUUUAGAGGGCAGAGGACAGGCACUUGUGUUCCUUCACCAUGUCCACGUCAUGUCCAUGGCCCGCUGCACUGUGGCCAUCAUAUCUCAGUUCUCCACUUCCCUUGCCAGUGUGGACACAGGCCCCUGAUGUGAGUGUGUCGUUAAAGAACCUUGGGUUCCCUGAAGCCUGGAGGCCGGGGACAGCCAGACCCCUAUCCUGAGCAGCCCCUGGGGGCACAGCCACUGCCAGACCCCCGCCCCGCUGGCCCUGAGUGGGAGGAGCCCCCUUGCGCAGCCCCUGGGGGCACAGCCACUGCCAGACCCCCACCCCACUGGCCCUGAGUGGGAGGAGCCCCCUUGCUUUGUUCAUGAGUGUGGUGGGGGGCAUCGGGGUAGCUUCCUGACUCUGGGACCCCAGGCCACAAAUCCUUUCCUCCUCACUGACCUGGAGGGCAGAGGUCAGCAGUGGGAGUUGGGGAGCUGGUCCUUCCGCUCAGCUAUCUGCUCGAGUCCAUUGAAUUCCACCAGGGCCAGAACAGCUCCCUGGCGUGUCCAUAGCCAGGGUGGCAAUGAAAACCCAGAGACACAAUGACGCAGGUGGACAGCCAGGAGGCCUUAGCAGUCACUGGCAUGUGGCAUGUGCACAUGCAUGUCUCCAUUCCCUAGCAGGAACUUCCAGCCAUUUAACAGAUGAGGAAACUGAGGCCCAAGACCCCCACAGCUAGAUGAUUUGGCCAGGCCUAGCAAUGAAGGCCAUGUCUCUGGCUACUCCCUGGAGCUUGAGGCUGACCCCUGUCAUUUGCAGCUUCCCAGUUUCUGCCUGGGCACUGACCAGGGCCUGGGGGUGGGGGUGGGGCGCGUGGGAGGGGAGAGGGGCAGGCCCACUCCCUGCUGGUUCUGGCUGCUGCGCCGAGGACCCUGCAUCUGUCUGCUCUGCAUACCUGCCUCUGGAUUUGGAAUUUCACGUAUGUUAAGUCAAUAAAGGAAAUGACACGUAAA